AGUCUGCUGCUGCUGCGCUGCCUUGCGGCCUCGUUACAAGCGCCUGGUGGAUAACAUAUUCCCCGAAGAUCCCAAAGAUGGCCUUGUCAAAGCGGAUAUGGAGAAGUUGACCUUCUAUGCUGUCUCCGCCCCAGAGAAGCUGGACCGGAUUGGUGCUUAUUUAGCAGAGAAGCUAAGCAGGGACGUCAUCAGGCACCGCUAUGGAUAUGUUUUCAUUGCCAUGGAAGCCUUGGAUCAGCUCCUCAUGGCUUGCCAUUCUCAGAGCAUCAAGCCAUUUGUGGAGAGCUUUCUCCACAUGGUAGCCAAGCUGCUAGAGUCUGGAGAGCCCAGACUGCAAGUCCUGGGGACCAAUUCGUUUGUCAAAUUUGCAAACAUUGAGGAGGACACCCCUUCCUAUCAUCGCCGCUACGACUUUUUUGUGUCCCGCUUCAGUGCCAUGUGCCACUCCUGCCAUGACGACACGGAAAUACAGAACGAGAUCCGGAUUGCCGGGAUCCGGGGCAUCCAGGGGGUGGUUCGCAAAACCGUGAAUGACGAGCUCAGAGCCACCAUCUGGGAGCCUCAGCACAUGGACAAGAUUGUUCCCUCGCUGCUGUAUAACAUGCAGAAGACCGAAGAUGCUGACAGCCGGAUUGGCCCGCCCUCCUCUCCGACAGGGGGCGAUAAAGAGGAGAACCCUGCUGUGCUGGCGGAGAACUGCUUCAGAGAGCUGCUGGCCCGGGCGACCUACGGGAACAUGAACAAUGCUGUCAAACCGGUCUUUGCACAUUUAGAUCAUCACAAACUGUGGGACCCCAAUGAAUUUGCUGUCCAUUGCUUUAAAAUAAUUAUGUACUCCAUUCAGGCCCAGUAUUCUCAUCAUGUGAUACAGGAAAUCCUAGGGCACCUGGACUUCCGCAAGCGAGACUCGCCCCGUGUUCGAGCGGGCAUCAUCCAGGUCCUUUUGGAGACAAUAGCCAUUGCUGCUAAAGGAUCUAUUGGCCCCACCGUCCUGGAGGUCUUCAACACUCUGCUGAAACACCUGAGCUUGAGCGUGGAUUUUGAGCUGGGCACCAAGUCUGGCUCCAGCGGCAGCAUCGACGCCCGCUCAAAGGAGUGUGAGGAAAAGAUUGUCCAGAAUGCCAUCAUUCAAACCAUUGGAUUCUUUGGAAGCAACCUCCCAGAUUACCAGCGGUCAGAAAUCAUGAUGUUCAUUAUGGGGAAGGUCCCGGUGUUCGGGAUGACGGCUCAUAGCCCAGAAAACAGCCAACUUGGGGAUUUGGGAACCAGGAGGAUUCAGAUCAUGUUGCUGCGCUCUUUGCUUAUGGUCACCUCCGGCUACAACGCCAAGAGCAUCGCAACUGUCCUCUCAGCCCCUUUCCUCGAUCCUCUGUUGUCCUCUUCGCUUAUGGAAGACUGCGAACUUCGGCAGCUGGUCCUGGAAGUGCUGCACAAUCUUAUCGAUCGGCACGACAACCGAGCAAAACUUAGAGGAAUAAGAAUAAUACCAGACGUGUCAGAUCUGAAGAUAAAGCGAGAUAAAAUUUCACGGCAAGAUGUGAGCUUCAUGAAGAAGCACGGCCAGCAACUGUACAGGCACAUCUACCUGGGCUGCAAAGAAGACAACGUGCACAAGAACUUUGAGCUGCUCUACACAACUCUGGCGCUAAUAACCAUCGAGCUGGCCAACGAGGAGGUGGUCUCGGAUCUCAUCCGCCUGGCCAUUGCCUUGCAGGAUUUGGCCAUUCUGAAUGAGGACAACUUGCCAAUGUUCAGCCGGUGCAGUGUCAUGGCGCUGGUCGCUGCGUACCUCAACUUCCUGAGUCAGAUGAUCGCUGUGCCUGCCUUCUGCCAGCACAUCAGCAAGGUCAUUGAAACCAGAACUGUGGAAAGUCCAUACUUCUUGCCAGAAACCAUAUUCCGAGACAAGUGCAGCCUUCCCAAAACCUUUGACAAGGACGACAAGAGCCUGUUCUUCCUGAUGAACAAGAUUGCGGAAUCUCUGGGCGGCAGCGGCUACAGCGCGGAGAGGCUGUCUGUGCCAUACGUGCCUCAGGUGACAGAUGAAGACCGGCUGUCGCGGAGGAAGAGUAUUGUGGACACCGUCUCCAUCCAAGUGGACAUUUUGGCUGGCAACGGAACAGAGGAUAAGGUCAACAACACAGAGGAAAUUACCUUUGAAUCACUGAAGAAGGCGAUAGAUAACACAGGUCUUGAAGAGCAAGAGAAGGAGAGGAGGCGCCUUGUGAUUGAAAAGUUCCAGAAAGCGCCCUUUGAGGAGAUCGCAGCCCAGUGUGAAAGCAAGGCCUCCCUUCUUCAUGACCGGCUGGCCCAGAUAUUGGAGCUCACCAUUCGCCCCCCUCCCAGCCCCUCGGGGACCCUCACCAUCACCGCUGGACACACCCACUACCAAUCCGUUCCGGUCUAUGAGAUGAAGUUCCCGGAUCUUUGUGUGUAUUAAGUGUCUUCUGGCCUCUGCUGGGCAUUCUUUGGCAUUAGAG